UACUGCAGAUGCGAGAGAAAAACAAAGCAACUGUACCAUUGCAAUUUAACACUGUUAACAGAGGCCUUCGCGUUUAAGACGUAAGCGCUCUAGGAUUUUCUAGCUGACAAUCAAUACAUCUCAGACGGUAGACACAGGUAGUUUUCUUCCUGGCUUGACCUCCACUCAAUAGAGGGCAGUAGUGAAUGAGGCUCUGUUGACAUUUUGUGUGACAGAACAGAAACUUGUGACUUGCUGGUGAUGCAGGAAAAGUUGGUAUCAUAGCUAACCCGGUAGGAAGCAAAAAGUCACUCCGGUAACGAAAAUAUAUAAAAAUCAGCAGUUGUUAGAUAAGAUGGAAGUCGUUUUGCCUCGUUGGCACAUUUGAGGGAUUCUUUCUUUACAUGACCAGUUAGAUCAUCAAGCCAAGGGUGUCUUGUUGACUCUCCUAUCGAGGACCUGAGGGCACAGUCUCUGUCACCUCAUAUCAAGAUGGCCUGCUGUGACAGCACAGAGAAGAGCAGUCUGGAUAGCGACUGCUGUGGCGCUAUGGCAGAGAUGACCCCCUGUGCGGCGGCCAUGGAGAAGGAGUACUGGAGCCCCACAGAGAGCUGCACCACCCUCAGCCUCCAGACCGAGGCCCAGGUGCAGGGCUACGACGUGGAGUUCGACCCGCCGCUCGAGAGCAAGUACGAGUGUCCCAUAUGCCUCAUGGCGCUCCGGGCCGCCGUGCAGACGCCUUGCGGACACCGCUUUUGCCACGGCUGCCUAAAGAAGUCCAUCAGGGAUAAUGGCAAGAAGUGCCCACUAGACAACGAAGGGCUUACGGAGGCCUCGCUCUUCACAGACAACUUUGCCAACCGUGAGAUACUGUCACUCAUCGUCCGCUGCCCAAACGCAGGCUGCCGGGAUAAAAUGGAGCUUCGACAUCUGGAGGGCCACGUGGCCAAGUGCAAGUUUGCCACUGUGCUGUGUCCUCAGUGUGAGGAGUCCGUGUUGAAGAGCCAGCUGGAGGAGCAUGCCCAGGAGCUGUGUCUGCGACGCAUCAUCGCCUGUCAUGACUGUCUGCAGCCAUUCGUUUUCGAGGAGAGCAAAGUCCAUGAGUUGAUUUGUCCCUUUGCCAAUGUUGUGUGUCAGUACUGUAAUCUUGAGCUUAUUCGGGACCAGUUGGAGUCCCACCGCAAUACAGACUGCCUGAAAGCCCCAGUAGACUGCACCUUCAGUUUCUUUGGAUGCAGUGGGAAGAUGCAGAGAAACGACUUGGCGCAGCACAUGUCGGAGUUCACGGGCAUGCACAUGCGCUACAUGGCCGAGUACCUGCGCAAGCAGAGCCUCAACGGCAGCAGCCCCGCCCUCGCCGGAGCCACAGGAGGAGGAGGAGCUAGCGGCGGCGAUGGCGGCGUCUGUACAGACGGGCCGCGGGCAGACGGUGGCGCUAAUGCCGGCGGUGGCUGUGGCGGCGGCGGAGGCGGAGAGGCGUGCCCGUGCGCGCAGGAGCUGCGGCACAUGAACGAGACGGUGAAGAUCCUGGAAGGGCGCGUGGUGCUGCAGGACCAGCAGCUGCGCGAGCUCACCAUCCGCAACGACACGCAGGCGGGCCAGCUGACGGAGGCGCGGCGCAAGCUGAGCGCGCUGGAGGCCACGGUGGAGGACCUGCAGGCGCAGCAGUGCCAGGGCGUGUACGUGUGGCGUGUGGAGGGCUUCUCCGCCCACCUGCGCAGUCAGGAGGCCGGCCAGGCCGUGGUGCUGCACAGCCCCGGCUUCUACACGGGCCGGCCGGGCUACAAGCUGUGCCUGCGCCUGCACCUGCAGACGCCCAGCGCGCCGCGCUGCGCCAACUACAUCUCCCUCUUCGUGCACACCCUGCAGGGCGAGUUCGACAGCCAGCUCUCCUGGCCCUUCCAGGGCACCAUCCGGCUGGCCAUCUUGGACCAGGCGGACGGGCAGCACCACAUCGAGGUGAUGGACACCAAGCCGGACCUGCAGGCCUUCCAGCGGCCCACCACCCACAAGAACCCCAAGGGCUUCGGCUACGUCACCUUCCUGCACCUCACCACGCUGCAGCAGAGGCAGUUCGUGCGGGACGACGUGCUGCUGGUGAGAUGCGAGGCCAUGCCGCGGUUUGACCCGUACUCGCGCCGGGAGGGCAUCCAGCCGCGGGGACCCGAGCCGUCUCUGUAGAGGAGGACAGGCAAACAGACACACACACACACACACACAUGCACUGCAGCACAUAUGGGUACACACACACACACACACACACACACACACACACACACACACACACACACACACACACACAUAUAUAUAUAUACCCAUAAACUCUUUCUACACAUUCUAGAGGGAGGAAGAUGGAAGAGGGAGGCCAGGAAACAAAUAUGCGCGUACACACACACAAACACACACGUACAUGGGAACCAACUCCAUUCCAGAACUUUCCUUUGACCUGCCAGCGCCGCCACCAUUCACAUGCCAUGUGCACUUAUUUGGAUGACUGGAAUUAAGGGUUGACAGACAUCAACAUCAGCUUUCCUUUUUUUUCUUCCCCAACGGCUCCAAGGGGAAUAAUGAGGAAUAAUGUUGUGAAAUACAUCUUGAGACUAAUUGAGAUUCUCUAUAAAGCUUACAAGUAUAUUUUAAAUACAGAAUUUCGAGACACUGAACAGUACACGUCUUUUGGUUUUGCUGGGUCGAAAUGGAAAGUUCAUGUAAUGCAAGGAAGACCCACACACCGCAAGGAAGACCCACACACCGCAAGGAAGACCCACACACCGCAAGGAAGACCCACACACCGCAAGGAAGACCCACACACCGCAAGGAAGACCCACACACCGCUGAGCUACCUUUCUAAUCCUUUAUUUUUUUUUUUUCAUGACGUUUCGCGCCACCAUGGCCAUUCCUCAGACCAACAGAAUGAUUGUGCAGCCCCCAUGCCAGUGACGCUGUCAUGCACGGUACAAUUGCACACAGGGCCCCAGGGCAAAACACUGAUAGGGCCCCGCAUACGGCCUUCAAAACGUCACAAUAGGGCCCCUACUACCAAUAUGGGAAGGCUCUGGGCCCUGGGGCAAAUGCCCUGCUUGCCCCCCCUAUAGCUCCUCCCCGGGCUGUCAUGCACGGUACAGGCUGUACAUUAUGACUUGACCACAGUGCUCAAGGACACUUUAACCUUAUUGGAAAGAGCCCUUAUGGGAAAAAUCCUGCGACCCUCCAAUCUGCUGGUGGACUCCUAGGCCACAGAGUCGGCUGCAUUAUGGCAGGGCAAGAAGCCUGCUUACCCCUACAACCAGAUGUUGAGAUGUGGAGUUUGGUGCGUGGAUAGUUGCAAUGCAGAAUAUCGGCCUUUUUUGUCAACAAACAGAACAAAUGGAACGUGUCACUUUAAGCAUAUAUAGAAAUAUAAUGAAUCUAUCUGACGUCAGACUAUCAUUUCUGCUUAGAAACUUUCUCCCACAUGCCUUUUGUAA